GGAACAGUGGUAAACAUUGUGUUAGAAGUAAGUCAUUCUUUGUUGAGAAAAGAUUUGUGUGAGGAUGUCGAUCAAAUCGAAAGCUCCGAGAUUUAAGGAAGAUCUGAGCUGUGCGCCCCCUCCAACGAAUUAUAAACCAAACAACCAGCACAGGGUGAAGGGUGCCUCAUUCGGUCAACAGACGAGCUCACGGUUUCACGAGGUGCAAAAGAGAAGCCAAGUUGGAGAUGGAACAAUGUCCAGGGAAAAUAACAGAAGCACAACAGAUUGCGAGCAUCACAGUGCAAGAACGCACUCCAUGAAGUCACGAGGUGCACCUAAUGAGUCACCUUACACACGGAGAAGUAGCAGGAGGAGGGCUUCUUGUACCCCUGGGCCAAAAAUAAAUCAUCUUUCAAUCCUGGACCACCAAGACGAGCUCUCCCGAAUGAACACAGAGUUCCGAACCAAAAAGAGCCAACUGUUUUCCAUGAAAAUGCAGUUUCUUAAAAAACAGGACAAACUCAUAAAACUGCACGAAAGCCUAACUGACCUUCAUGAAAAGAUUCUGAAAUCGACGGGCAAAGAUGUAGAAGUAGAAAAUAUUAAAAUAAUUGAAUUCUGCCCCAUGCAAGAAACCGGCGACGGACAAGAUGAAGUCAAUGGUGAUCACGUCCUUAGGCAUGAGGACAGAGAGAAACCGCAGUCAGAGAAGACCAAGGCUGCAGACGAAGAAAGUACGGAAUCGAAGGAGGAAAAUGAUAGAGCUCAAUCGAGCAAAUCCCAAAAUGACCUAAAUGAAGAGAGAGAGAGGGACAGCAGAGAUCGUAAGAAAAAGGUAAGCCAUAACAAGGAGAAGUGAAUUUCACAAAUUAUUACCUGCACAUUUCAAGUGUUCACUC